AUGACAUCCACAGCUAUUCCUUUGUCUUCCCCAUCACAGACUCGCGAUCCACUACCACCAAACCUCAUCCAGAAGAUCCUCCCCUUCUGCACCACCUCAACCCUCCUCUCUCUCCGGCGAACCUCUAAAUCUCUCCUCGACGCUACAGACCCCGUUCUCUACCAGGACAUCAAAGUCGAUUGCCACGUGGGAACAACGGAAGAGGCGGAUAGGCUAUUCGGAAGGUUGUUAAGGCUGUAUGAGGUUUUGAUGUAUAGUGAUGGUGAUGGCACCAGUGGAAGCGAGAGUGACGGUGCAUUGGCAUCAGUGGGAUCUGAGAUUGGGACAGCAGGUGUAGGUGUACGCUGGCUGAAAGUGGGAAAGGUGAACAAAGCGAUGUGCGUGCGAGGGAUGGAGUUCGUGGAGAUAACGCGACAAGAAGUGUCAGAUCCUUCGACGGCGCUCACUAAAUUCGUAACCUCCGAUAUCGCGAACUUCGACGACUCUGCACCAGCAGCAUCACUGCCAACUGCUCUGAGCGACUCGCUCACCAGGCGUGAACUCGCCGGACUCGAACAGAUCACAUCGAAACAGACUCCCCCUUCGCCACCAACAUUGACAGCAAUCCAAUCCCUCCUGACCUCGAUCCUGCACAUUCUGCCCAACCUUCGUUCUCUGCGUCUUACCGGGAUUCGAGUCUACCCAACCAGCCGCGACCACCAUCUAGCCCCUGUCCAACUCUUACCCUAUAUUCACUGUCCUCUCCUUCAGGCAUUCUCUCUCGACGCGUUUCAAGGUGACGAGAGCGUAUAUCAGUUUCUGAGGAGACACGAGAAUCUUGAAGAUGUCGCAAUUACGAUCAAUGAAGGGGGCGGUAGCGAUCCGCUGGUCAAACAAGACUUAAGCAGAGCACUUCGGAAACUGGAAAAGAUGGAGGCACCUUGGCAAAUAUUCGAUAGCUUAUUCGCCGAAGCUCCUGGUGGCGAAUCACACGUCCUACAACCGCCACCACUGAAGGAUGCCACUUUAGAUUUCGACUGUGUAAUGUUUUAUCUGUGGGGUAAAGAGGAGCAAUUGUUGGAGAAGUUGAACGUAUUCUCGGGGACGUUGAGGAAACUGAUCUUGAAGAGAGAAAGGUUCGACAUUGACAUGAAGGUUGCGGUAACAACGGGAAAGUUCUUGCCAUGGAUCGAAGAGCUAGAGCUGAGGCACACAUACUAUAACGGAAGGCUCAGUGUAACGGAGAAAGGUAUCGAGACAUUCGCACACGCUUUCACGGGGUUCAAAUCUCUUCGCAGCCUGGCUGUUCUGUGGGUUGGGCGGUGCUGGGAUGGCAGUGGGACUGUCGACGAUAGAAACCCAGAGGUUGAUAGAAUGACGGUGGUUAUUUUGGGACAGGGUUCGUCUGGAGCUGAUAUCCUUUACGCUGGUCUAGAUGGGACUAGCUGGAUGCGAGAUGUGGAUAUCAAUGACGGGGAGUGGGCUUGUGGGGUAUAA